CAGGCCCCCAUGCUUGACUUACCCUCCGGUUCCCGGAGUCCCAGUGCAGGAUGUUCGUCCUGGUGGAGAUGGUGGACACCGUGCGCAUACCCCCGUGGCAGUUUGACCGGAAGCUCAACGACUCCAUUGCCGAGGAGCUGAACAAGAAAUUGGCUAACAAGGUCGUGUACAACGUGGGACUCUGCAUCUGUCUGUUUGAUAUUACCAAGCUGGAGGAUGCCUAUGUAUUCCCAGGGGACGGAGCAUCACACACCAAAGUCCAUUUCCGUUAUGUGGUGUUCCACCCUUUCCUGGAUGAGAUUCUCAUCGGGAAGAUCAAAGGCUGCAGCCCAGAGGGUGUGCACGUCUCUUUAGGGUUCUUCGAUGACAUUCUCAUCCCCCCAGAGUCACUGCAGCAGCCUGCCAAGUUUGAUGAAACGGAACAAGUGUGGGUGUGGGAGUAUGAGACGGAGGAAGGGGCGCAUGACCUGUACAUGGACACUGGCGAGGAGAUCCGCUUCAGGGUGGUGGAUGAGAGCUUUGUGGACACAUCCCCCACAGGACCCAGCUCAGCUGAGGCUGCCUCUUCCAGUGAGGAGCUGCCGAAGAAGGAAGCACCAUACACACUUGUGGGAUCUAUCAGUGAGCCAGGCCUGGGCCUUCUCUCCUGGUGGACCAGCAACUAGCCCUGGGGCUUAGUGAUGCUGCCCAGACCUGUGAAAGUGGAAAGCAGUCAGCAGCAUUUUGAGGAGUGCCGCCUGCGUGUCCUUCUCCCUCUGCAGCCCUGAUUCUCUGCUUUUGGAGCCACCCCUGAAAUCCUGUCUACAGGAUUGUUUUUGAGAGUCUCAGGCGUCCAGGCUGGCUUCUCUUGCUGUAUGGCACAAAGUACCCUUGAGUUUCUGUUCCUCCAGCUUCUACCUCCUGAGUGCUGGGAUUACAGGCGUGCACCAGCGCACGGGUCUCUGUGGCAGUGGGGAUGAGGCCCAGGGCUUUGUGCAUACAGGUACACUGUACCUAGUAACCUACUUCCCCAGCACAAGGCCUGGUAUUUUUAUUUAUUGUUAGUGCUGAGGAUGGAACCCAAGGCCUGUUGACUCAUGUUAGGCAGGUCUCGUACUAUUGAGCUAGGCCCAUUCUAUCCCUGCCAACUUCUGGCUUUUAGUGACAACAGAAACAGUCAAUAAAUAAUGGUGGCAGGGCUGGCGAGAUGGCUCAGCGGUUAAGGGCACUGACCGCACUUCCAGACGACUGGGGUUCAAAUCCCAGCAUCCAUAUGGCAGCUCAUAACUGUCUGUAACUUCAAGAUCUGACACUGUCACACAGACAAACAUGUAGGCAAAACACCAGUGCAC